AUGGAUACACCAAACUGCCCGGCAGGAGUACGGCUCCGACGACGGGCUCCCAUAGAGCUGUUGCCAGCCGAGUUGGUGCAUAAGAUCUUUUUCCAGUGCCUCGAAUUCAACUUUCCUCGUGCAUCAAUAUACAUUGCCAACACCCUAUCGUCGCCGAUACUGUAUACCUGGCUUAUCCGUCUCGCGUUUAGCAGCUGCAACCGUUCGUCGAGAUCAUAUAAUAUUUAUGCGUCACAACACUUCCUCCCCCUGGACUAUUUCUACUUCAAUCACCUUGAAAGAGCGAAGUUACAAACCGAGAUCUUAAAGUGCCACUGGUUGACGGCCCCCUUGCUUCGAAAGUGCCAGAGAGAGUAUGUUGAGCAUGUCAUCAGGCAGAAACGCCCACAACUUGUGAUUUCUCCAGACGAAGACCAAGAUGUUCUUUCAAGGCUGGAUCAAUAUUGGCAGAAUAUAAACAGAUUCGACCCUACGCCCGCAGGCAAACGCGGAAAAGGAGACUUGAUUAUACGGGCUCAUAGUCUGGAAAACGACCAGCCAUGCAAAAUUGCGAUAUGGUUCGGUUUCGGGGCAUUUCAAAUCCGUGAUCUUAACCCUGUGUUUCAGGAAAUCGACAUCUUUCGCUUGCCCUGCGCUCCUCCUUAUCCAGCGGAACCAUGCAGAAUGCCAGAUCGACUGCUCGCAGCUCCAUGGACGGAAGACAAGCUAGAGCUUCUGACCCUCCUCUCGUCGGACGCCUAUAUAGACGAAGGUUGGCCACCCGAUAGAUCAAAGGCUGUGUUGAGGAAAGUCAUCAAGGACCGGGAACUUGAUGCUUUUAAGUGUUUGUUGAAUUUACAUAUUUGUGGGAGGCAAUAUAGGUACCCGUACCCCUGGCCAGUAAGCCAUAACCAUUUUAGGGUAGCUGCUAGAUAUGCAGAGUCAGACAACGAUCCAUUCUUGCAACUGUUGUUCGACAAGAGAAGGGACAGUAUUCCUCGGGACGAUACUUCAAUUAUGGCGUUGAUGGCAAAAUAUUCUUGCAUAGAUUAUUGA